AUGAUGUUGCUGCGACGACUGUUGUUUUUUAUGGCAUUGCUUUUGAGUGUUGCCUGCGUGUGUGUGGCGGCUUCUGAAGAGACUAAAGAGAACGAAGGUCAAAUUCCCGAUGAUGGUGAUUGUAGUGUUUCAGGCAAGAAGAGUCCAAAGUGCAAACCUAAACCUGAGGUAGUUAAAGAUUCUCCUGAGUGUGCGGACCCUCCUGGCGAGGAGAAUUGUCCUACCGUGGGUGAUGGGAGUGAAGAUAGGUGCCCUCAAGGUUCUGAAACUCCUUGUUCACCAAAGGAACCAGCUCCAACUACACCGAAGGAACCUGCAAAUAAUCAAACAAGGGUAUCUGAUCCAUCUGGUGGAGAGCCUGGUGCUGCUAUUAUUCCCAACAGCGAUAGUGGGGCGGGGGAGAACCAAGAGGUACGGGGUGGAAAAGUGGAACGUGAUGCUGCAGGUCAAACACCACUGGCACAGAUUCCAGCAACAUCUACCGCAACCACACAGCCCGUGAAUGGUGAAAAACGUGAUCCCGUUCUUCAAAGGACUGUUGAUACUGGAACCGGUGUCCAACAUCCUAUUGCUGAAGUUCCUGCUGCUGUUGCUGGGGAAGGGAGUAAUGGUUCGUCUCCAUCUGAAGGUCAAACUGGAGCCAACGUCAACAAUCCAGCAGGUGAAGCUGCAGUCAACGCAGAGAGUACAGCAGCAGCACAACCCACUUCUCCUUCUCCCGAAUCUUCAGACACAGAGACUGCCAACGGUUCUGGCACUGCAAACGAUGGGGGUGGCACUACACCU